AUGGCCGCCAGAAACGCCGACUCCAUGACUAACGCCCAAGGCGAAUUCCACCCUCGGAAGCCUAGAGACGAGCCUAUGCAGACUUCUGGUCAUCAAAUCGGCCAAAAAGUAAGCGAAGCCGAUCACGCGCCCGAGUUUUCCGCGCAGACGCUCCCACCCGGCACGGCGCCCAAAGACUCAACGUUCACACCGAAUCCGGUGAACGAAACCCCAGGGCAGGCGAACAACCCGGAUGUGCAGCGCAGCCACGGAAAGGAAGGCGUCGCCACCGACGCACUCUCGACGCUGCCGGGCGCGACGUCCAAGGACGUCCAUACCGGUCUCGGACAUCCGGGGCAGGGCCAGACGUCGCGAGAGGUGCGCCAGGCCACUAAGGCGACUGGCGCUGGGGGUACCGGGUUGAAUGAAGGCGGGUCUGGCGCCGGUAAAGACGGCUUGAACCCCGAGUUCAGGAAUCUGCAGCGUGAGGACCAGGAUGGUGACACGAGCGGAAAUCCAGAUGGUCCGAAGUCGGCUCAGGUGCAUAAUGUUAGUCUUGAUGGGGCGGAGAGUAAAGUGCCUGUUGGCGCGGAGGAGGUCGCGAGCGAGGGUUCGAGGGUCAAGGCGUUGAACGAAACGAAUCGCUCCAAGGACGCUACCGGUGUCCCUGAUAGAGGGGCUGCGAACCCGAGGUCCUAG